AUGGCAAGCCUACGAAAAACGCACCCCCUAAUUAAAAUUGCUAACGACGCACUAGUUGACCUACCAGCACCCUCUAACAUCUCAGUAUGGUGAAACUUUGGAUCUUUACUAGGACUAUGCCUAGCUACCCAAAUUCUAACCGGCCUAUUCCUAGCCAUACACUAUACCUCGGAUAUUUCAACCGCAUUCUCAUCAGUGGCCCACAUCUGUCGAGACGUCAACUAUGGCUGACUAAUCCGAAACAUCCACGCCAACGGAGCAUCGUUCUUCUUCAUCUGCAUUUAUAUACAUAUUGCCCGAGGCCUAUAUUAUGGAUCAUACCUCUAUAAAGAAACUUGGAACAUCGGCGUAGUUCUCCUGCUACUAGUCAUGAUAACAGCCUUCGUCGGCUAUGUUCUACCGUGAGGACAAAUAUCUUUCUGGGGCGCCACAGUAAUUACAAACCUCUUAUCCGCCGUACCAUAUAUGGGGGAUAUACUAGUCCAAUGAAUCUGAGGCGGCUUCUCAGUAGACAACGCAACACUAACACGAUUCUUCGCAUUCCACUUCCUGUUACCAUUUAUUGUCGCCGCUGCAACCGUCCUCCACCUACUAUUUUUACACGAAACAGGAUCAAACAACCCAGUCGGACUAAACUCAGACGCAGACAAAAUCUCCUUCCACCCAUACUUCACGUACAAAGACCUCUUAGGCUUUGUAAUCAUACUACUGACCCUAAUACUUCUAGCGUUAUUUUCACCCAAUCUAUUGGGAGACCCAGAAAACUUCACCCCUGCCAACCCGCUGGUCACACCCCCGCAUAUCAAGCCAGAAUGAUACUUCUUAUUUGCCUACGCUAUUUUACGAUCAAUCCCAAACAAACUUGGGGGUGUCCUUGCACUGCUAUUUUCUAUCUUAGUAUUAAUAAUCGUGCCACUACUACACACCUCAAAACAACGAGGACUAACAUUCCGCCCACUCACCCAACUCCUAUUUUGGGCCCUAGUAGCAGAUAUACUUAUUUUAACGUGAAUUGGAGGCAUGCCAGUAGAACACCCAUUCAUUAUCAUUGGACAAAUCGCAUCCGUUCUAUACUUCGCACUAUUCCUCAUUUUUAUGCCACUAGCAGGGUGAUUGGAAAAUAAAGCACUACAAUGAGCUU